CAGACGUAAGGUGAGGGAUGAACGGAUAAACUGGUCGAAGAAGACAAUCAGAGGGCUCAGAAACCAACAAGAUAGCGUCUGGGCGUAAUUUAUUUUUGUAGCUAUUGGAAGCGUGAUAUCAUCUUUUCUAUUUACAGGUCUCUCUGGUCUAGACGCAGCUAUCGGAAGAUGGAUAAAGAGGAAGAAGUACAUCACAGAGACCCACGCUCUUCGGAAAAUUAAUCAGAGGCGCUCUAACCGUCCAAAUAGAGAUCGCUUCUUUCUCUUCCUCAUCCGGGUGUAUAUGCAGGAAGAAUAUGGCUGCCUUAGCUACUGCAGAAGCUUGUGAUACAAAUGCAGCACUUCUGGCAAGUGGUGACUUGCGUGUUCUGCAAUCAAUAUUCCAGAUUUAUGGUCAGCGUCAAACAUUCUCUGGCCCCAUCGCCACUCUUAAGGUGUUUGAGGACAAUGUAUUGGUGAGGGAGCUUCUUGAAACCAGAGGUGAAGGAAGAGUUUUGGUUAUAGACGGUGGAGGAAGCAUGAGAUGUGCUUUGGUGGGAGGGAAUUUGGGACAGUUGGCUCAAAAUAUGGGGUGGGCUGGAAUUGUAGUAAACGGCUGCAUUAGAGAUGUUGACGAGAUCAAUGGAUGUGAUAUAGGGGUGAGAGCCUUGGCAUCCAAUCCCUUGAAAUCAAAUAAAAAGGGAAUUGGUGAAAAGCAUGUCCCUGUGUACAUUGCAGGAACCUUCAUACGUGAUGGGGAAUGGUUGUAUGCUGAUCGUGAUGGCAUUCUUGUCUCCAAAUCCGAGCUGUCGAUCUGAACCAUCAACCAUCCUUCAAGAGUUAUGGCAUGAAUAAGAGGACUGAGUUCUUAAGUCAUUUGUAUUUCAAUUUUGUCAGAUGUUUCGGGGGAAUUCAUAACACAUUUUUUCCUCCACUAUUUGUUGGCAUCAGAACGUGCAACAGAUUUGUGCAUGUUCCACAGAUUAAUAAUCAUUCACAAUUUACUCUC